CGGUCUGUCCAGGGCUUAGUCAGCGGGGCCCGGAGUGGCUUCCCUGGCUGGCACCUGGACUUAGACUAUUUCCGUUCACGUUAGAGCAGAAUACUGGAACCGAUCGAACAGAACUUCCAAAUAAUUUUUACUUCCACGCAACUUCAGCCCUGAGGUCUUAAUCUCAGGAUUUGGGCCAGGGAACGCUGUCGGGUCCACUCUGCCUCCCCAGCCGGAGGCACGUGGGUGCCGUAGGCUGUUGCUCCCAUCGUCUUUCGCAGUGAUGGCAAUGCAUGACUACCAGUGUUAGCAGAGCCGGCGGACGCGGGAGGGUUGAUUGCUUAGAGGACUCCCCAGCGCCGCUUCUUAUUGAAAUUAAGAGAAAAUGGUGGGAGGUCAAAAGAAAACUAAAUAAACACAGAAUCAACGUGUCCUAGGACCUCAACAAAGCAAAUGAAGUCUUACUGUAUGUGCUGAGCCUGCGGUUCCUUCCCAACCUUCCGGGGAAGAUGGGAGGACAGGGCGGCAAAGGACACAGUAGGGAUGCUUGGCAGUAAAUGAGACCCAAGCGGAAGAGAAGACUGAAAACCACCCUCCAGAACGCGAGUGUCCGCUGCGUUGAGAACUGCGCGCUCUACCCAUAGCCCACGUGAACACUCCUUUUUUUAAAAAAACUUCUUUGCUUAAAGGAAAAAAAAAAAGAGGGAGAGAAACUCCACUUCCCAGAAGCCUCUCGUUUCCCACGCAGCCGCAGUCUUGCGUAGGCCCUGCCAGGGCCAAACGGACACGUCCGUCACGUGGACAGUAGCCGGCCAAUCCGGUUUGAAUCUCAUUUUUUUCCUCUCACCCUCCCCUUCAGGAGCGGUUGUGCGAUCAGAUCGAUCUAAGAUGGCGACUGUGGAACCGGAAACCAACCCUACUCCUAAUCCCCCGCCUACAGAAGAAGAGAAAACAGAAUCUAAUCAGGAGGUUGCUAACCCAGAACACUAUAUUAAACAUCCUCUACAGAACAGAUGGGCGCUCUGGUUUUUUAAAAAUGAUAAAAGCAAAACUUGGCAAGCAAACCUUCGGCUGAUCUCUAAGUUUGAUACUGUUGAAGACUUUUGGGCUCUGUACAACCACAUCCAGUUGUCUAGUAAUUUAAUGCCUGGCUGUGACUACUCGCUUUUUAAGGAUGGUAUUGAGCCUAUGUGGGAAGAUGAGAAGAACAAACGGGGAGGACGAUGGCUAAUUACAUUGAACAAACAGCAGAGACGAAGUGACCUCGAUCGCUUUUGGCUAGAGACACUGCUGUGCCUUAUUGGAGAAUCUUUUGAUGACUACAGUGAUGAUGUAUGUGGAGCUGUUGUUAAUGUUAGAGCUAAAGGUGAUAAGAUAGCAAUAUGGACUACUGAAUGUGAAAACAGAGAUGCUAUUACACAUAUAGGGAGGGUAUACAAGGAAAGGUUAGGACUUCCUCCAAAGAUGGUGAUUGGUUAUCAGUCCCAUGCAGACACAGCUACUAAGAGCGGCUCCACCACUAAAAAUAGGUUUGUUGUUUAAGAAGACACCUUCUGAAUAUUCUCAUAGGAGACUGCGUCAAGCAAUCGAGAUUUGGGAGCUGAACCAAAGCCUCUUCAAAAGCAGAGUGGACUGCAUUUAAAUUUGAUUUCCAUCUAAAUAUUGCUAAGAUAUAAGAGAAGUCUCAUUCGCCUUUGUCUUGUACUUCUGUGUUCAUAUUUUUUUUUAACUUUGGCUAGAGUAUCCACUGUCCCAAUCAAAGAAUUACAGUACACAUAUCCCCAGAAUCCAUAAAUGUGUUCCUGGCCCACUCUGUAAUAGCUUAGUAGAAUUACCAUUACAAACACGUUUUACUUAUUCACAAUAUUCUAAAAAUAACUUGCAUUUCUAUACCUUAUAGGAAAAAAAUUCUGUUUCUGUUCCAUUGUAUGCAGGAGCAUAUUUUGCUGGUUUGAAAGAAUAUGAUGCAUACAGUUUUCUAGCAAUUUUCUGUUUCUUUUUACAGCAUUGUCUUUGCUGUACUCUUGCUGAUGGCUGCUAGAUUUUAAUUUAUUUGUUUCCCUGCUUGAUAACAUUAGUGAUUCUGAUUUCAGUUUUUCAUUUGUUUUGAUUUUGUUUUUUUCCUCCUGUAACAUUGGUGAAGGAUCCAGGAAUAUGACACAAAGGUGGAAUAAACAUUAAUUUUGUGCAUUCUUUGGUAAUUUUUUUGUUUUUUGUAACUACAAAGCUUUGCUACAAAUUUAUCCAUUUCAUUCAAAUCAGUGAUCUAUGUUUGUGUGAUUUCCUAAACAUAAUUGUGGAUUAUAAAAAUGUAACAACAUAAUGACAUUCCUAAAUAGAAUUAGUACGACUGUUUUUGUAUCUUUAUGCUGUAUUUUAACACUUUGUAUUACUUAGGUUAUUUUGCUUUGGUUAAAAAUGGCUCAAGUAGAAAAGCGGUCCCAUUCAUAUAAAGACAGUGUACAAAACUGUAAAUAAAAUGUGUACAGUGAAUUGUCUUUUAGACAACUAGAUUUGUCCUUUUAUUUCUCCAUUUCUGUAGAAGGAAUCUGUUUUUCUUAUUACAAGGCAGUCUCUCUUGUAUCUUCUCUUGUAGUGUCUUCCACAUGAAUGAACAGCAUAAGUUUGGAGCACUAGUUUGAUUAUUAUGUUUAUUACAAUUUUUAAUAAAUAGGUAGUAUUGUAUGUAUGGAAUUAAA